AUGGCAAGUGUCGGCCCGCGCCUAGCAUGGCGUCAGAAGAUACGAAUUCAUCUCAAGGCAAUAUGCCAGGCGGUUCCCAUAUCAAUCCUUAUCGUGGCGGAGGGGAGAGAUUUGUACUAUCGUGCAACGUGGCAGGUUACGGAGUUGCCACCGAGUGAAUUACAAACCGGAGAUGUGAUUGCCAUCUGCAACCGGUGGUACACACUACCUCGAUUGGAUCACAUGCUGUACAGCCUGCUAUCGAAGGUUCUGCUGAAGUCCACUUGGGACGAUGUGGGUUUUGUUUGGGUGCAGGAUGGGGUACCACAUAUUUGUUUUUGUGAUUUUGAGGGGGUGAAGGUUUUAAGCAUGGAAAGUUUUGUCGAGUCGCGGAUGCCGCGUGGCAUGGCUGUUCGAAAAUUGACUGUGGACGAUCCGCAUGCGGGACGCACGAUAAUUUCAUCGGUUGCUGCUCUUUUUGCAGUGGAGGCGCAGAAAUUGACACCACACCCAUGGUAUCUUUUUUCCGCGAGUAUGCGCCAUGGGCAAGAGAAUAAGUACUAUGAGUUUAUGGUGGAGAUGUGGAGGCAGAGACGCAAAAUUUAUGAGAUGGGGAAAACAAAUGCAUCCCCUCUCGCCAUCAAGGGGCAGACGGAGAAACUACGGGAAAUGGAAGUCAUGCAGAAACAUUUGGCCACCUUUCAAAAGCAAGAGACAUACUUUCGUCUCUUUAAUGGAUCGUUAGUCGCCUCCUUUUUGGCAACGUUUGAUCUCCUUGACAGAAUUCUGCCAUCACCGUCUCGGUAUGUGCCGCAAGACUUUGCGCAUGAUUUGCCGUUCAAGCGGGUAGCAAUGUUGGAGGAGCCGGUGGUGUUUUUUAGGAACUGA